GCAAGCUUUGUGCUACACUCACAUUUCUGAGUACACAUGCUCCGAAGAAGCAGAAGCAACCACUGCCUUAUUGGUGUCAGCGUUUGCCCACCCUGGUCUUGCCUAUCACAGAAGAAAGGUGCCUUGACAAACUUGGCGGCUUUUGUGACUGUAAGCGGGGCAAUUGUCACCCACUUUUCCAUACCUCUGCUGAUGGACACAGUUCUGCACAAGUUGGCCGGCGUUGUCGUUCAGAGUAUUACUGGAUUCCUUUCAUUCACCGCGUCAACCGUGUCAACUUUGAAUUUCAAUAACUGCGAGACGCAGAUUAUCACAUUUGGGUCUACUACGAUGAUCCGAAAAUAUUUGAAGACACAUCAGAAUUUAGACGGAGUUCAUCCAAGUCAGCGCCGCAAAAAUGAAAAGGAAGGAUACGAAGUUGGGAAAAGCCAUGAGAAAGUCCUGCAAAAGUGAUCUUCAAAACGGCAGGCAAGCAGUUUCGCCUCAUGACAUCCUCGCCUUCACACGGCAUUUUCUCUUGAAUCAGCGGCCAAAAUUGACCCUGGUUUUUUCAACACAUCUUGCUGUCACCCAUCCAGAGUGCUGGAAGACGCUGUGUGCGACGCCAAAUAACCUUAGCAUCUCCAUGUGCGAAGUGAUGCCACUUUGCUGUUGCAGCUGUUGCCUUGGCAUGCCUUGCCGGGCAACUGUCAUAGAGACGU